AUGCCCAUCCACUCGGAUAUUUGCGAGGAGCUUGAGCUAGAGAGAGCAAUCGUCCGAACGGCAAAUACGAUUCAGAAAGCAUACUUCGCUUUCCGCGAGCCUCUCUUUGAGAAGUCAAUUGUGAAGGUGGAGGAGCGAGAUCACGAACUGGUGUUACACCAAGGCAACAUGGAGAGCGGCAAGAGAAAGGGAUCGUUUGCGGAUCUUCCAAGUCAUGUAAUUGAGAAAAAAGGCAUAGCGGAAGCUAUCUUAUGCUUUCUUGUGGGCAGAGAGCCUUUAGCAUAUCUCUUGGACCUUAUCCAGUAUCUCACCGACGGUAAGAUGCCUGCUGUUGUAAAAGAAAUGCCAAGCUUACAAAAGGUAGAUCUGGCAGUCAGGGUGGAGGAGGUUCAAGUAAGGUUGAAGAACAUACCGCGGAAUACCACUGUCAUAUACGCAAAUGGUGUUCAGCAAUCCGCUUACCCUGACAACCCUCACUUUGUCCUCCGAUUGACAUCAAUGGAGAGCAAGAAGACGUGGGCCAUCGACAUCACUGGUGCACAGUUUGGCUUUACCCAAAACCUUUGGCUAUGGGAAGAGUAUUCCAACAAACACCUCGAAACCGUUGAGGAGAUCAAUGAACUCAAUACGAGCUGGGUACUGCUCAAGACAUUAUCUUCUGUGCAGGGCGCACCAAGCGUUGAUUUCGGCAUUCCCUUUGCCGCAAUGGGCCAUGUAAACCUCGCUCUCAAAUCGUGGGAGGAAACCGAACUCGACAAGAGAAUCUUUGUGUUGCUGCACGACAAGAACUUCGCCGUAGCACAAGUUGGCCUCAUCCAAACCAUCAAGAAGGCCAUGUGUAAGUUUGUGGACGAAUCAGACUAUUCCAAGGAGGUGCAAGAAGCUGUUGAGUACGAACAGAGAAACCUAAAUGCGGCUUCAUUCGACGCUCUCCAGAUCCAUAUAUUCGGAGCCUCGAAACAAAAAUUGCUCCAGCUGUGGUGGCCCGGCCAUUAUGAGAUGCAGCCAGUGCAGACUGCACGUAUACUGCAAUGA